AUGAAGUUCCCUCUCUUAGGGGUACUUUUGCUUAUAAGUCUUGUCGGCUCUCCGACCAGGGCCGAAGAAGGACCUGUUUGCCCUAAGACCGAAACUCUUAGCCGUGCAAGUUUCCCCGAGGGCUUCAAGUUUGGUACCGCAACCGCAUCCUUUCAGGUGGAAGGUGCAGUAAAUGAAGGUUGCAGAGGUCCAAGCAUGUGGGAUCUCUACAUCAAGAGAUUUCCAGCGAGAGUUCAGCAUCACAAUGCUGAUGUGGCCGUUGAUUUCUACCAUCGUUACAAGGAGGAUAUCCAGCUGAUUAAAAAGCUGAACACUGAUAGUUUUAGAAUUUCCAUUGCGUGGCCUAGAAUAUUUCCACAUGGGAGGAUGGAGAAAGGAAUAAGCAAAGAAGGGGUUCAGUUUUACCACGAUGUUAUAGACGAGCUCAUUAGAAACGAUAUAACACCACUAGUAACGAUUUUCCAUUGGGAUAUUCCCGCCGAUUUGGAAGAUGAGUACGGUGGCUUUUUAAGCGAACGUAUCGUGCCGGAUUUUGCGGAGUAUGCGAACUUCACGUUCCAAGAAUAUGGGGACAAAGUGAAAAACUGGGUUACGUUCAACGAGCCAUGGUGCAAAGGUGGUAAAAUUGGUAUUGCUCAUAGUCCAGCUUGGUUUGAAGCGGAAGAUGUGGGAGGGGAAGAGACAGUAAACCGUGUACUUGAUUUCAUCAUGGGCUGGCAUUUGGAUCCCACAACGACCGGAGAUUAUCCUCAAAGUAUGAAAGAUGCGGUCGGAACUCGGUUGCCCAAAUUUACAAAAGAACAAAAGGAAAAACUUAAAGGCUCAGCAGACUUCGUGGGGAUCAACUAUUACUUCUCCUUCUUUGCAAGGAAAACCGAGAAGCCCGAUCCUCGGAGUCCUACUUGGGCUUUGGAUGCUGGAGCAGAAUUUGAACCCAAGACUGUGGAUGGAUCCGUUAAGAUUGGUACCAAGCCUAGCACUGCUAAGAUGGGUGUAUACGCAGCUGGUUUAAGGAAGCUUCUCAAAUACAUCAAAGACAGAUAUGGCAACCCUGAGAUCAUAAUCACUGAGAAUGGUUAUGGAGAGGACCUUGGCGACAAAGACAACGAUCAUGACGUUGCUCUUAAUGACCACAACAGGAAAUACUAUCUCCAGAGGCAUCUUUUGACUCUGCACCAGGCUAUAUGCGAAGACAAGGUGAAUGUUACAGGAUAUUUCUUGUGGUCGUUAAUGGACAACUUCGAGUGGCAAGAAGGGUACACAGCUAGGUUCGGAGUCUACUACAUCGACUUCAAGAACAACUUGACCCGUAUAGAGAAAGAAUCCGCGAGAUGGUAUAGAGAAUUCCUCAAACCGGGUAUGCCAACAUCCAAGAUAAAGCUCAACGAGGAGCUGUAA